UGUAGCCUACGAUGCGAUGGUGCUUUAAUUUCAUUGUUUGAGAGGAGCGACGCUCGGUGUGCAUCUGCUGGGAUCAAACAGCCCCGACAGAGAGAUCCCCUUUUGUCAUGGAAAUCAGACCCUGACUCUCAGUCACACGUGGGCUUCAGAAAUGCUAAGAAGUUGAACAUCCAGCCAGGACUUGUAAUACAGAACAGAACGGGUCAAGGUGAUGGCGAGGACCAGUGUACGAUAGGACUCUUUCCACGUUUCACUCUCAUCGGCAGUAGGAUAUAUAUAUAUUUAUAUAUAGCUAAUGUGCACAGUCAAUGCGCUGUAGUUUUUUUGUCGCGCUUAGAAGUAGGSAAGAAGGUUGAGUUUGUUAUUCUUUUGAAAUUGCAAUCAAGUCAUUUUCGGUAAGUGUAAUUCGCUCUGUAUAGAAUACUUUUUUGUUUUCAAUGUAUAGAAACUAUAUUUAUCACUGUUCUGGUAUCGCGUAGCCUGUUUUUCAAAAAUGCUGGAUUUGGCUCUUCGGAUGGUUUUCUGUGCGCUGUUCUGUUCGAUUUCUGCGCGCGCAUCCGGGUGCCCUCUUCGUUGCGAAUGCUCCGAAGCUGCUCACACGGUGAAGUGUGUUUCCAAAGACUUGCGGAGUGUCCCGUCUGGGAUACCAGGGUACACGAGGAAUCUGUUCAUAACGGGAAACCAGAUCAGCAGAAUUGGACCGGAAUCGUUCAAAGGGCUGGACAAUAUAACAACGCUGUCACUGAGUAACAAUAGGAUAACAGAGGUAGAGUCUCAGACGUUCUCUGGGUUGCGUUCCCUCCGCUCUCUGGACCUGAGCUCCAACCAGCUGUCUGUCAUCAACCCAGAGGCCUUCACUGUUCCGGGCCACACUCUCAGGGAGCUCAACCUCAGCCGAGCUCUCUACAACCACUCCUCUCUCGUGAACCUGGCUAUGUCMCUUCGCUGGUCCACCCUGGUUGAGCUCCGGACCCUGGACCUGUCAGGGAACAGGCUAAUCUACCUGCCCUCUCACACCUUCUCCUACCUUGGGGGCCUGCGGAGGCUCAUCCUGGCCAACAACUCCCUGGUGGCCCUCCACAAUGGCACCUUCUCUGGGCUGGACUCUCUGGAGCAGCUAGAUCUGACCCUUAAUGCUCUGCGGACCGUCCAGGAGGAGGGCCUGGCUGAGCUGGCCUCUCUGCCCCCCGGGGUGAGACUCCUUCUAGGGGAGAACCCCUGGACCUGUAUCUGUGGCAUGGAGCCCUUCGCUGCCUGGCUCAACUCCUCCCAGGGGCAUGUGGGGGACGCAGAGGGCCUGGUGUGUGCCUUCCCCUCAGACAUGAGGAACACCUCUCUGCUGAGGCUGGCGGCUGGACAGGCUGGGGCGGGCGGGGACGGGGUGGCCCUGGGAUGCCACAUGGUGGGUGAGGGGGCGGACCUGGCCCUCCAGACUUCCUACGUGUUCCUUGGGAUCGUCCUGGGCUUCGUGGGACUCGUCUUCCUCUUGGUCCUCUACCUCAACCGGCAGGGCAUCAAGAAGAGGAUCAAUGACAUGCGGGAAGCGUGCACGGAGGUGUUGGAGGGAUACCACUACCGCUACGAGCACGACUCCGACCCCAGGCUCUCUCAGGUCUCCACCACAGCAGACAUUUGAUGAUAGGACACUCAAGGGGCUUCCAUGAUCCUUCUUUCAUAAUCAAAAACGUUUUUUCUAUUGCAUUUAUAAGUUGAUAAGAUCAUGUAAAAACUGUACAUGUGAAUUGUGUGUAAAUAUAAACAUACAGUAAGUAUA